AUGGCUUCAACAGGUUAUGGGCCCAGCAGAGAAUCACGCUGGUCAAGGUUGACUUUCGAUGGAAACGAAAGCAAUUACGAACUGUGGGAAGCGAAAUUCCUCGCGCACAUGAGGUUAUUAAAACUAAAGGAUACUAUCCUGCCGUCUGAAGAAGAGGCUGACGCAACAAAGAACGAAGAAUGCUACGCCGAGCUUAUACAGUGUUUGGAUGACACCAGUCUGUCAUUGGUAAUGAGGGAUGCUACCGACGAUGGCCGAAAGGCUUUACAAAUACUCCGAGACCAUUAUGCAAAUCAAGGCAAACCAAGAAUCAUCACACUCUACACUGAGCUAACGUCACUUGAAAAAGCACUUCACGAGACAGUCACAGAUUACUUAAUAAGAGCCGAGAAAGCAAUAACAGCGCUUAAGAACGCCAGAGAAACGUUAAGCGAUGGGCUAAUAAUUGCUAUGAUCUUAAAGGGGCUGCCUGAUUCAUAUAAACCGUUCUCGAUACAUGUGACCAAAGUGCAAGUGAGAUAA